CCUCCCUCCCCUGCGUCUCUGCCUGCCUUAGUCCUCCCGUUCGGCCCCCGCAGCCAAGCACGAUCGGUCUCUUCGGCCUCCUCGCGCUUCGCCUGGUUUUGUUCUGCUUUCCUCUCCAGUUCUCUGGUCGGUUGGGCCGAGUGAGUCAAUGUGGCUGGGGACGAAUGUUGAGGCCUGGUUUCCCCACGACCCAUGGAGUCCAAAACUACCUACUUGGAAGACCUUCCACCUCUCCCUGAGUAUGAAGUGGCUCCCUCCAAGUUAGGAGAGGAAGUGGAUGAUGUUUAUUUGAUUCGAGCUCAAGGAUUACCAUGGUCCUGCACUGUAGAAGAUGUGCUUAAUUUUUUCUCAGACUGCAGAAUCCGAAAUGGUGAGAAUGGAAUACACUUCCUGUUAAAUAGAGAUGGGAAACGAAGGGGUGAUGCCUUAAUUGAAAUGGAGUCAGACCAGGAUGUACAAAAAGCCUUAGAAAAGCACCGUAUGUACAUGGGGCAGCGGUAUGUGGAAGUAUAUGAGAUAAACAAUGAAGAUGUGGAUGCCUUAAUGAAGAGUCUUCAGGUCAAAUCUACACCUGUGGUAAAUGAUGGUGUUGUUCGUUUGAGAGGACUUCCUUAUAGUUGUAAUGAGAAGGACAUCGUAGACUUUUUUGCAGGACUGAAUAUAGUAGACAUUACUUUUGUUAUGGACUACAGAGGGAGAAGAAAAACAGGAGAAGCUUAUGUGCAGUUUGAAGAACCAGAAAUGGCUAACCAAGCCCUGUUAAAACACAGGGAAGAAAUUGGUAACCGAUAUAUAGAGAUAUUUCCAAGCAGAAGAAAUGAAGUCAGAACCCAUGUUGGCUCUCAUAAAGGAAAGAAAAUGGCAUCUUCUCCUACUGCUAAGUAUAUAACUGAGCCAGAAAUGGUCUUUGAAGAACAUGAAGUAAAUGAAGAUAUUCGACCCACAACAGCAUUUGAAAGUGAAAAAGAAAUAGAAUUGCCGAAGGAGAUACCAGAAAAGCUUCCAGAAGCUGUUGAUUUUGGAACUACGUCUUCACUGCAUUUUGUCCACAUGAGGGGGUUACCUUUCCAAGCCAAUGCCCAAGACAUUAUAAACUUUUUUGCUCCACUGAAGCCUGUUAGAAUCACCAUGGAAUAUAGCUCUAGUGGAAAGGCCACUGGAGAAGCUGAUGUGCACUUCGAUACCCAUGAAGAUGCUGUUGCCGCUAUGCUCAAGGAUCGGUCUCAUGUUCACCAUAGGUAUAUUGAAUUGUUCCUGAACUCAUGUCCGAAAGGAAAAUAAGAUGAAAUUUUAAGGGCACCAGAUAAAGGAUGAAGCAAGAGGCAUUUCAUUUGCACAUCUUCCUUGGACCUGGGAUAUAAAGUUCCAGUUUCUAGCAGCAACUGCUAGAGAAAGGAUUGGGGGUUUGGGGUUAAUUGCUCCUAUGAAAAAUUCCUUAGUGGACUGUUCAGAAAGCAAAAGGAAAGAUUUAGUUGGGAAUUACAAAAUAAACUACAAAUUCAAA